AUGGCACAGACUCGUAGUAUGUGUCAGUUCUGUGAAGAAUCACCAGAGAUUAAAUGGAAGUGUAUCAACUGUGAAUUAUUAUUAUGUCAACUGUGCUGCUCAAAAAUACACCGUAAAAGUAAAGCAUCUUUGGAGCAUGAAAUUAUAAAUAUAAAAGAUAUUGAAAAAUUGAAUUUCAGUUAUUCAGUGCGUAAAGUUGAUCUUGAAAAUUUAGUGUGUACAAAUCAUAGUAAACGAAAAUGUUUUGUUUAUUGUAAUGAAUGCAGUCUGCCUGCUUGUUCCAAAUGUUUAACCGAGACUCAUAAAAUGCAUGACUAUAUAUCCCUUGAUGAAAGGCAUGAUGAAAUCAUUUUGGAAAUGAAGGAACUCAUUAAAAACUUUGAAUCCAAUCUCCAGUUUCUUAGAUAUGAAAAGGAUAAACUGCAAAAAGUGCUUAUAGAUAGUGAUACAAAUUUUCUUAAAACAAGGAAGAUAAUUCUACAAACUGAGAAAGAAAUGAAAGAAGCUAUUACAAAAAAUGCUAUUGACCUCUUACAAGAACUAGAUGCAAAAUGGAAACCGACAAAAAAUGUGAUCAAAACAGAACUAUCGGUCAUGACACAGAAUGAAGUCGAGUUGGAAACCAGAAAGAAUGAUCUUAACCAAGCGCUGCAGUCUCAUUAUGUGGACGAAAUUUUCUAUACAAAUAAAAACUUAGAUAAGUCACUGCCAUUUAAGAAUUCAGUUCAAAAACUUAAAUCAAAUAAAACAAAAUUUAUUCCUGGAAAUGUCCAAUCCAAAACAGAAAGUCAGUCAAUGCUAGGUGAUCUUUAUACGAUUCCAGAUUUUGAACUCGUAGACACUUUCCAAAUUAAUAAUACAGGUGUACCAAUAAUUCUGUCCUGUAAUGACAAUUCUGCAUUUAUAGGAAGCCGUUCAGGUGAAAAGUUACAGAAAGUAAAAUUUGAAAAUCAUGAAAUUAAGGUAGAGCAAGAAAUUCAAAUAAAAGUGAAUGAUAUGGCACGGACACAAGAUGGAGAACUACUUGUAUCAACUGAGGAAAGUGAUAUAAAACUAUAUAAUAAAGACAAUAAAUUUAAGAGAUCUACGGACUUUUCUCCAUUAAAACCUUCAUGCGUUCAUGUAGAUAAAGAUAAUAGGAUAAUAGUUGGGCUGGUGGAACCUUUUGCUGUAGUAUUUAUACGCCCAUCAAAUGACAGUAUCCGAAGACUUGUGGUUAUGAACCGUGAUGGUGACAUCCAACACAAAAUUGAACAUGAUAAGGACAAUCAUAAAUUGUUAACUUUCCCAAGUAGAAUCAGUACUUUCAAAAGCAAGAUAUUAGUUGUAGAUAUUAUAAACGAUGACACACAUGGUAGGGUAGUAAUGUUAGAUUACGGGGCACUACUCCAUUGGACCUAUACUGGUUGUAAAAGUAUAAAUUCUAAUCCUGACAAAUUUUACCCAAGAGAUGUGUCAAUAUCCUCUACAGAUAUGAUUUUAGUUUCUGAUUGUUUGAAUCAUGCUAUACAUGUACUAAAUCAGCAUGGGGAGGUAUUUGUAUGUAAGGAAGUCAAAAUCUUAGGAAUAGAAUUCCCUUCAAGUCUUGAUAUUGACAAAACUGAUGUAUUAUGGAUUGGGUGUAAUACAAGGGCAACAGAUAAAAGUAAGAAGGCUAAGAUACACUGUGUCAAACUAUAUUAG